GCUUACACCUGGUACCGUUGAAUUAAUCUUUUAACAUUGAUUGAUGAGGUACUUAAUAGUGCAUACAUUUUUAGAAUAAUGACAGCAACCAAUUAGAGUUUGUAUAAUACGUAGUUUGACCGGUGCGAGUUGCUGGCAUAUUCAGAAGAGCUGUCAAUAUGAAGAGUUGAACUCAUGACUAUGAAAGUUGUUUGCGUUAUCAAUGGCAACGACACUGGGUCAGUUGGUCUGCCAAAGCCAGCCAAUGAAAAGACACUGCUUACGUCAGAUGGUGUUCGGGCCAGGAAGAUUGCCCACACAAGCAUACAGCAGUCUGUUGAAAGUGUUGGUGCCAGUUUGGAUACGAUCUCCUUCCAGAAGCUUGACUUUGGUGAGACCCAGACCCUGGACAUUUUCUACAAUGCCGAUGUAGCCAUCAUUGACAUGACGGUGCCCAUCCAGCAGGCGCCGUUGUUCUACCACAUCGGCGUGAGGCAGAGCCUCGGAAUGAAGCACAACAUCGUUACCUGCUUCGAUGUCGACUCCGAAAUGACGCUCUCACUCAGGCUUUCGUGCUGCAAUGGUGUAAUGAUCCUGCCAUAUCAAGUGGACACCCUAGGAUCUUGUAUCAUCAGUGAUCCAACAUUACAAAAGGCAGUAGGUGAUUUUUGUGCGAAUACGGACAUCCCAACACUUUGCCGCAAACUGAAGACAGCUUUGAAAGAAGUGGACCAAGAGAAUACAGCCCACUCAAAAGAAAGAUUUUUGACUGAUCUUAGAAAAGUCAGAGAGAAUAACAAGGGUGAAAAACUUGUACAGGCCCUGGAGGCAAUGCGACGUAGACUGGAUGAUCCGUCACUGAUGUCAGAAAAUGUCAUAUUCAACAUGCUGCUCUCUUACAGAGAUAUUCAGGACUAUGACGCUAUGGUGAAGUUGGUGGAAGACCUGGCUCAGAUUCAGAACAACAAGGUGGUCAGUGCUGUUGCCAUUCAACACCUAUAUGCAUUUGCACUCAACAGGAGGAACAAAAAUGGUGAUCGUGACAGAGCCUUGGAGGUGAUAAAGAAAGCCAUGGAAAAUUCCGAGACCCAGGUUCCAGACAUGAUCUGCCUGUGUGGGCGGAUCUACAAGGACAAGUUCAUAGAGUCGGAUUAUUCCGAUCAGUCGGCACUGAACAACGCUACUGACUGGUACCGUAAAGGUUUUGAGGUUCAACCUAAUGAAUAUGCUGGAAUAAAUCUGGCUACACUUCUCGUCAUAUCAGGAAAGGAUUUUUCCACUUGUCAAGAACUUCAACGAAUAGGUAUAAUACUGAACAACCUGAUUGGGAAGAAGGGCAGUCUGCAGUCUCUGACCGACUACUGGGAUGUGGCCACCUUCUUUGAAAUCAGUCUUCUUGCCAACGACUACGGGAAAGCGAUCCAGGCCGCCGAGUGUAUGUUUAGACUGGAGCCACCUGACUGGUAUCUGAAGUCGACAGUGGGCAACAUAAUUCUAAUCAACCGGUUCAGGAAUGAAGACAGUUCAGCAGGUUCUGACACGGAGAAGCAGAUUUUUCUGUUCUGGAUGGAUUUCUUUGUGGAAGCAACCAAACCUGAUUCUGAAAUUACCAGUUCUAGAUUUCCUGUUCUGAUUCUUGAACCAUCAAAGGAACUGAUACCCAGCUAUAUUCAGGUAGAUUCGGAGACAGAUGAUAAGUGUGUGAAACUGUGGCAUGUCUCUCAGGAUCGUGGGCUCGGUGAAUGGACAUUUCCCAUUGACACAGUCAAGCGUGUUAGUUUGUACAAGCGUGAUACGAGGGCUUUGUUUCUGUACGUACAAGAUGUGUCUGAUGAUGACUUUCACUUCUUUUUCUCGUCAGAGGCACAGAAACUCAGGUUUUACAAUUUGAUGGAUGCUCUGGUUUCCAACCCUGACUGUUGUUCCAAUGCGGAUGAUUAUGAAGAAAGUCUUGAAUAUGAGUAUGACUAUGACGAUAAGGGGAACCGUGUGUUGCUUGGAAAGGGAACGUAUGGUGUGGUGUAUGCCGCCAGAGACAAAAAAACUCAAGUCAGAAUUGCUGUGAAAGAAGUUCCUGAAAAAUUCCAACAAGAGGUGCAGCCUCUUCAUGAAGAAAUCAAGUUACACAGCCGACUUAGUCACCGGAAUAUUGUGAAGUAUUUAGGCUCGGCCAGUGAAGAAGGCAUUUUCAAAAUAUUCAUGGAGCAAGUCCCAGGAGGAAGUCUUUCUCAGCUGUUGAGGUCAAAGUGGGGUCCUCUGAAGGACAAUGAAUCUACCAUUACGUAUUACACCAAACAGAUAUUGGAAGGAUUAAAGUAUUUGCAUGACAACAAGAUAGUUCAUCGUGAUAUCAAGGGAGACAAUGUUUUAGUGAAUACAUACAGUGGCGUUUUGAAGAUCUCAGAUUUCGGCACCUCAAAAAGACUGUCUGGAAUAAAUCCAUGUGCCAGCACAUUUGCAGGAACUAUUCAGUACAUGGCUCCAGAGGUGAUAGAUAAAGGAAUCCGAGGAUAUGGACCACCAGCAGACAUCUGGUCUCUUGGAUGUACUGUGAUUGAAAUGGCAACAGGGAAACCGCCAUUUAUUGAGCUGGGUAGUCCUGAAGCUGCCAUGUUUAAAGUUGGAUUUUACAAGAUGCAUCCUGACAUUCCAGAAACUUUGUCUCAAUCAGCUAAAGAAUUUCUUCUCAGAUGUUUUGAGCCAACCCCCGAGAAAAGAGCACCGGCUGCAGAGCUUCUGCUGCAUCAGUUCAUUACAGAACAUCAUGGCUCCAAAAGGAAAAGGAAAAAGGUGCAGGAGAGUGAACGGUUGAUUGAUAGAAGUACUUCUGAGCCAUAUGAUAAAACAAUUGCAGAACUGAAACUGAGAAUCCCAAGAAUAUCAAGAUUGCGAAAGGAAGGAACAGGCAGUGUGGAGAAUUUGCUGGAACUAGAUACAGUGGAUGAAGAAGACAGGUCGCAUGCCGCUAGUUACUCUGAUCUGACCACUCUAGACACGGACCAACUUCGCCGUCACUCCCUUUCUCCCAAUCAUCUUUCACCAUCUGGAAGACUGUCGCCAAGCACUGAUUCAGUCCUCUCGAACCUGAGUGCAACUGCACUGUCCCCAGACAUCAUUGACUCAGAUCACAGCAGUGCUUUUUCACGGGACGGAGGAUUCUACCUCUUGCGUAAAGACUCAGAACGCCGCAAUACACUUGUGUAUAUUUUACUUCAGGAUAAACAAAUAAUAUGUAACACUUGGUUGGAAUUGCUUCAUAGAGAUGCCACCAUAUCACAUCCAAAACUGACAACAGAACAUCUGACUUGCCUCCUCCUAGGACUGAGGGGAUACAUCUUGGAUCCCAGUAGUCGUGCAAUACAUGAUGCACUGGAUGAGCUCCGUGAAGGUGUGCAGUUUGACGUCACUGCAUUGAUGGAGAUACAGUUGGCUCUGUAUGUCUUUCAAGAGGCGGUUAGUAUAUGUUUAAAGACACACAAUAUCCAGCCACACUGGAUGUUUGCCCUCGACAACCUGAUUCGCGGAGCCGUGCAGGCAACCAUCACUAUAAUCUCUCCAGAGUUGGGAGCUAAUCUAGCCGGUGACCAGGUAGACGAUGAGGUGGUUACGUCGGGGGUGUCGUCAGCCAAUUCGGUGAAACCUGCCUCUACAUACAGGAAGACAGCUACCAGAGAACUACAGCAGGAGCUCGAUCAUGUGGAGGAAGAAAACCUCAGGUUACUGAGGCAGCUGUUAGAUGUGCAGAAAUCCUACCAAGAGGUUUUACGGCAGUCGAUAGACGAACGGAAGCUGCAGAUUAGCCAUCUGAGGUUGCUUGUAUCAAAUCAAGAUGUCCUGUAUAACCGAGCUCUCCACGAGAUUCAGCCUGGUGUUCCAGAAAUCCAGGUCACUCCAGACACAGAAUUGGCUUCUUGGCUAGAAGCCAAAACAUUUGACUCCAAAACAAUCAACACGAUUUGUCAUGAGGAAUACACGUUAGCCGAUCUUUUGGAGAUGGUGACCAGAGAAGAUUUACAACGACUUAACCUCAGAGGUGGAGUAAUCUGUCGACUCUGGCGAGCCAUUCUUGCCCACCGACAGUCCCAAGCAGCCAAGAGAUGACCAAGGUGUAAGGUCAUGUGACCUCAAUUUUUUGAGAUUCUUAUAAUUAGUGGAUUUGUUUUCUUGAUCUCCACAUCAGUUGCAUGUGACUGUUUAGCAGAAUAUUGCUGACUGUCAUGAUAAUAGUGUACUGGUGCCACAUUUGGCCUUACCUUUGGGGUGUGUGAAAAAAACUAAACAUUUUGAGUAUUUUGUUUUAUAAGAAGAUUAUUUUAACAACUCAUGAAUGAAAUAUCACAAUACUAUACUUUUGAAAGUGACUAAUGUGUAUAAUAAUUAUAUAAUUUGCGUAUAAAUAGGAUUGAUAUCUUAAGGUAAUAUAUACAUUUGUUGCCUUGAACACUGAAGAAAUACCCUCCAUUAAUGUAUUUGAUAGCUGUAAUAUAUGUCAUGUUAGAGAGGAUACCCAAUGUUUAAUCUCUCUUUACAACCAUGUUUUGAAGGGGGUGGUAGUGGGAUAUUGGGUGGAUUUGUGAUGGGAAGAAUAGAUUGGUAAAUAAUAUUCAGGGGUGGGAAUUCUCCUCAGAUCUGCAUUUUUCCUCUCAUAGAACAUUGCGUUUCCUCGCAUUUUAAUUGACCUUUCCACGGGAAAUCUUUUUUUUUAAAUCAGUCAUGUAAACUUCUGGGCCCAGAUUUUCGUUACACAUCAAAUUAUGUUGUGACGUCAUUAUGAAUCUAAUUGCGGCUGCGUUUCUUACUUGAUUUUAUUUGCAAAGGGAGCGAGUAAGCUUUCCUCUUUUUUACAGUUUACCAAUUUCCACCCCUGAAUAUUGGUAAUUUUAAGACUAAUUUUGCCUGAAAAACAUGGAAUUCCAGUUGGUUGUUAGAAUUCUGUAAGCAUGUUGGAGGAUUAGUGAACAUCGAAGGAAUACAAUAUAAUUGUCUUACGAGUAUUAAUCAAAAUUCAUUGUGCUGUGCAGUGUGGGUUUUCUUCCAUGUAAAUCAAAGACAAUCUAUAAACAAACUGCAUUUUGUUUAUGCUGUACACUGGAAGAAAAGGAAUGAAUGUCAGAUGGUGAUAAGAAUAUGAAGUGAGAAAUGCCAAAUUUCAGCCAUUACAUAGUAGAAAUGUCUGAUGUGGCCCAUACAUGAUCAGUAUUAUUGCGCAGUAUUUUUCGGCAUUGUCAAUUAUAUUAAGUGUAGGUAAUGUUGAUGGUUUGUAUAAAAUAUGAAUUAAAUCAAAUGGGGGUAAUUUUUAUUUGAUGAUUGUGCAAUAAAAUCACUGUUAUUAUCCAUAGGCCCUCUUCACUGGAAUAAAAGUGGCAUAUAAUAUUGGUAAUUUUAAGACUAAUAUUGCCUGAAAAAUUUGGAAUUCCAGUUUGUUCGAAUUCUGUCACCAUGUUCGAGGAUUAGCAAACAUCGAAGAAAUGUAAUAUAAUUGUUUGACAAGCAUUAACACAUUAUUAUGCAGUGUUAUUGAUCCAUUGUUGGCUGACAGAUUUUGACGAAAUAUUUAUGUCAGUACGUUAAGUUUAUAAUAUUGAUCGUUUAUGGGUUCCUUAAAGCUGUAACUGGGCAUCAAAAUAAGCACAUCGGCUGGUAACCCAUGUUCACAUUACUAUAGACAGCGUACCUAUAGUCCGUCCCACAGGGAACACCUUUUUUAUACUAUGGAAUUUACUACAGUUUAUUUAUUUAUGAGCUCUAAGCCGAUUGUUUUCUAAAUUACACACAAAAAUAGCAUUUAUUUGUUAUUUCCAAAACACGUUUACUUUUCUUCUUACAUGUACGUCAAACAAAACUGAAAUUAUUUACACAAAAAAAACAUUUUUGUAGGAGGAUGGGACGGACUAUAGUAACCUAUAAGUUAUGACAUAUUUAUGAAGUUUACAAUUUCCAUCAUCAUUCCUUCACAAAAAUGCUGAUACCUCAUUAUUCAUUCAUUAUCACUGUACCCGUCUGUAUAAUUUAUACAAAAACAAUUCAAUAUAGGUUGACCAAAACCAAUUUGAGUUAUUUACCCAUAAUGCAGAGUUCAGUCUCAUUUAAUUGUGCUUCUCCAUACCCAUUUCCAUGUGACUGCAAUCCAAAAUUAGAAAUGCUGUGUUGCUUAGUAAUUGCAAUAACAAAUAAUGUCCAAAGCCUGCCUAGUAAAAUAUUACAAAGGUCAGCCAAGCUGUAAUCAUCAAAGAAAGUUUUGAAAAAUGAAUGAAUGAAUGAAUGUUUAGCGACACUCCAGCACAAAAAAAUACAUUGGCUGUUAAGUGUCUUAAGAUGUUUUGAAAAAAGAAAAUAAUAAUAAUUUUUUAAUGAAGACCUAUUUCCUAAAACAGACUUUAUGAAAGAUCUAGGGGUCAGAAUUUAGAUCGGUCGUUUGAGCUCUAGCCUGAGGUGCAUGCAUCACAGUAUUGAACCAACUCGAUGAAUCCAUUCAAACUUAUUGGGUUUUUUUUCUCUUUCCAACCAGUGCAUCAUAACUGGUCAAAGGCCGUGGAAUGUGCUUUCCAGUCUGUGGAAAAAUACAUAUAUAAAAGAUCCCUUGCUGCUAAUGAAAAAAAA